AUGGGCAAAUUCAGUACGUACAGAUAUUUAGAGUUAAAAGAUGAAACACCAUCACCAAAUAUCAACGUGAGGAGCCGUUCUGUGCCACAGCCACGCCGGUUUAAGAAAAUAUUUAUUGUGCUGCUCGUUUUAGUGUUAUGUGUCACAUAUUUUUUGGGUCUGUUCGCGGGGCAGACACAGUGGUUCGAUGGCAUUGCCAAAAGUUUGGGUUAUGAGAGCGUUUAUCACCACGCCGUCAUCAUUGACGCUGGGUCAUCCGGCACCAGGGUCCUGGCUUAUAAAUUCAGAGUACCAUUCACUGUUUUCGGACAAAUUAAUCUGGACCUUGUAGACGAGUAUUUCGAGGAGACAAAACCCGGACUAUCAUCUUAUGUUGACGAACCAGAAAAGGGCGCUGAAACAAUAGUCCAUCUUGUUAAUCGUGCCGGCCAUUUGAUACCAGCUGACCGUCGCUCACAAACACCUCUUAUAGUCCGAGCUACAGCGGGCCUUAGACUGUUACCGCGGGAUAAAGCCCAAAGACUCAUCGACGAGGUCGCCAAGGCUAUAUCCGGCUCGGGUUACGAUGUCGGUCCUAACAGCGUUGAGAUCAUGGAUGGUUCUGAUGAAGGAAUCUUCAUUUGGUAUUCGGUUAAUUUAUUGCACGAUUUAAUGGGUGGCGAGACUAUGGCGGCUUUGGAUCUCGGCGGUGGUUCGACACAGAUCACGUAUCAGUUGAGCGAGAAAGAUAUCAAGCUGUAUCCCGCCAACGACCAAUAUUUGGUACCGGCCGGCAAGAACAACAUUUCAUUGUAUACACACAGCUACCUGAAACUGGGUCUAUUAGCUGCUAGAUACGGUGUCUUCAGAAUGGAAGCUAACAACAACACUAGUCACUUCACGUCGGUGUGCGUCGACCCUAUAGUGCAGAAAGAGAAGUGGACAUACGCCAACAAACAAUACGUAAUCGACGGCGCGUCACGUCCGUCCAACAUGAAGCGUGAGGCUGUAUACAGCAGAUGUCAGUCGCUAGUGUCUCGAUACACUCGGGCGACCAUCGACUGGGAGCCCUCUCAGCCGCCGAGGGGCGCGGUCGCUGCUAUGAGCUACUUCUAUGAUGUAGCCGCUGAUGCUGGGAUUAUUGAUGUAAUGCGCGGCGGCACGGUAUCCGUUUCUCAAUAUAGAGCGAGUGCUCUCCGCGCGUGCUCAGCAUCCAACGUGGACCAGCCGUGGGCGUGCAUCGACUUGGUGUACGUGGUAACUCUACUGCAGGAGGUUUACAAGAUAAAGGACACCGAGCCAAUAUCGUUGUUUAAGAAAAUAAACGGUCACGAGGUAUCCUGGGCUUUGGGACUCGCAUAUACAACUGUCAUGAACAGACUGGCCCAGUCAUAA